AUGUGGUUCAUAUGUUCCCUCUUCUUCGUCCUCGUAGCAGAACUGUUUUUCCCUGUCCGCGACUUGAGUAUUUUUUUUGUGAGAAGUGAGAAAAGGGAGAAAUUAGUCCCCAUUUGGACCCCCCCCAAAAGUAGUGCCCCUCUUUUUAUACACAAUGGGUAUUCGGGGGUGAGGAAGGGGGAGAUCAAGGGGAGAAGCGUUUUGAGCGGCCAUAGAAAAAGCAGUACAGGGAGAAGUGGUGAUGGGCAAAAUGUUCGCACGUGCGUGAGGCCAUCCCUGCUGCUCGCGAGGAAGGGCAGCGCCCAGGGGAAGGCAGAUGGAGAGACGGUCGAAUCGAAGGGGGGGCCAACAUCAACUGUGAGCAACGAUUCAAGUGAAGAAUCCCCCACGCGGAUGGACAAAACGAAGAGAAGUAGCUCUGCAGGAGGUGGCAACAUGAAAGGGAUAAAAGACCAAGUGGACGAAAGCAUAAAAAGAAUAAAGGGCGAAUAUUACGACGUAGAAAUUUGCGAACUGUUGUCAAAAAACUUUCUGUCUUAUGCCAACUUUUUAAUCCUAAACAGGUGUCUAUGUGAUUAUCGCGAUGGUCUAAAAACAGUGCAGAGGAGGAUCAUAUGGAGCAUGUACGAAAUAAAUAAAGGCGCUGAAAAGAGCAGUUAUAAAAAGUGCGCCAGAAUUGUGGGAGAGGUUAUUGGCAAGUAUCACCCACAUGGAGAUAAAAGUGUGUACGAUGCGUUGGUUCGAUUAGCACAAAGGCAUCACAAUAGCAAUUUGCUAAUCAAUGGGUACGGGAACUUCGGGUCAGUGGAAUACAAUGCAGCGGCUAUGCGUUAUACAGAAGCUAAAGUUUCAAACUUUUGUUACGAUAUACUUUUGGAAGAAAUAAAUGAUGAGAACAUAGAGUACGUGAGAAAUUUUGAUGGUAAUGAAGUAGAGCCCAAGGUGUUGUGUAGCAAAGUCCCACUCCUACUCAUUAAUGGAUGCUCCGGAAUUGCAGUGAGUAUAUUGAGUAAUAUCCCCUGCCACAACUUAGUAGAUGUGAUCAACUGCACCAUUAGCUUUUUACUCGACCCAAGUAUUAAGGAAGAUCAAUUAGCCGCUAUAAUAAAAGGGCCCGACUUUUCCACUGGAGGAAUUAUUAUAAGCAAACCGAAUGAAUUACAAAAUGUAUAUCAAACAGGAAAGGGAAACAUCGAAAUUAGAAGCAACGUGUUUUUGGAGUACACGAAAAAUGACAAAGCUUACGUCACCCAUGUAAAUCACUUGGCUAAUUUAAAUUCAGAAGAUUUAGACACCAGGGGAAGUAAAAAGUUAGUAAUAAAAAAUUUACCCCCAAAUGUGAAGCCAAAUGAACUGAUCGAAAAUAUGAUUAACAUUUUGAAUGAAAAAAAAAAUGAACAUGAAAAUAUUUUACAAAAAAUAAGAGACGAAAGUGAAAAGGAAGAUAUGCGAAUUGUACUGGAGUUGAGAAAAAACAGCCAAGUGGAACAAAUAAAUGAUUUUGUGUCCUUCAUUUUUAAGUACACACAAAUGCAAGUUACAUACCACUGCAAUUUUGUGUGCAUUGGUCAUGAAAAUAGUUACACGCAAUUUUCAUUAAAGUCCUUCCUUCAACUGUGGUGCGAAAAUCGCAUAAAAUUUAUCAGAAAUAAUUUGACCAUAAAAAAUCAAAACUUACUAAAACAACUUCACAUUAUAGAGCUGUACAUACUCAUACAAAAAAAAAUUCUCGAAAUUAUUUCCUUUCUCCAAAAAAACCAAAACAUUGAAGAAAUAAAAAAUUUUUUUAAAAAAAAUUUCCAACUUAAUGAUUAUCAGAUUCAGCAUAUCCUUUCUAUGAAGAUACAAAAACUGGUUAACAUUAAGAAUGUUGAUUUUGCCACUCACAAGGAAAAUAUUUUGGCUCGCAUGCAGGAGAACCGAGACCUCAUCGCCAAUGUGAAUAAAAUAAAGCGCCUUAUCAUUGACCAACUGGUCUAUAUAAAAAAUAAAUAUGGUACCAGCAGCGUAGCAAAAUUCGCACCCCCUCAGAGUGUUAAGUAUAAGUACGUUUAUAUAAACCCACCAGCGCGAAGCCAACAUUUUAAGGAACACUUCAUGCCACAAGCUACCCCCCAGAGCGAUGACCCAUCUGAGAAUGGAGGGGAUGUGCAGGAGUCAAAACAAGAAAGCGAAAUUUUGCAAAACGACGCAGAUUUGGAUGAAGUGCCCAAGGGGAAGAAACAAAGAAGAGUGUAUGACGUAGAGGCCGCACCCCUCGUGGAAGGCAUGCAAAAGGGAACGAAAAAGACAGACCCCUUGGCAAACUACAGGCAUACCUACAUCGACUCCAUACACACGGACGUAAAAAAUGUUUAUAACAACGAUCAUGUGCUUGUCCUAAUCACCUACGGAGGGUAUGUCAAGAAGAUAAAAAUUGCAGAGAAGUUGAAAAAUCACCAGAACAAUAUUAUCAAGUUGUCCAAUGUGAAGUACAUUUUGAAGGAGAAUGAGGAGAAGCGCCUGAAGGGUGGAGCCACACCAGGGGAAGCAUCCGACGUAACCCUAAAUGGGGGGGAAGAAACCUCCACUACUAAGUCUACCACUGCCAACUCAACCAACUGCUACAAAGUAAAGAAAAGCAUUUUGUGCAGAAACAAAGAUAAACUGCUGCUAACGGAUAGCCAGAACAAAGCUUACAUCCUGAACGUGUGUGAUUUGCAAACUUCGUCCUACGACUCCAAGGGGACGCCAAUCAAUCAAGUGAUCCACUGUUCAAAGAGUAUCACCGGGAUGACCAAGUUUGAGGAAAACAAAAAAUACCUCAUCGUGUGCAGUGAAAAUGGAAAAAUGAAAGUUAUAAACAAUGAUGUCUUUUUAAAAAAAAAAAAAAAAGGAAUCAGACUUUUUAAAAACAAAAAAGAUAUCCAUUUCAGCUACUGCAAUUUUACUGACAACUGCAUUGUUGGAACGGCUAGUGGACACAUAAUUCAAUUCCCUCUCUUCAAUUUUAAAAUAUCGAAAAAAAAUUCUUUAGGGAACAAGUGUAUCAAUUUGUGCAAAAACGACAAAGUUGUGGAUCUCUUGGCGUAUGAGAACGAUGAAAAAAAUGUGAAGAAUUUUCAAAUCAUAUUUCUUUCCAAAGGUGGGCAUGGAAAAAUGAUCAACUUGGAGGAACUCAAAGUGCAGAAGAAAAAGGGAAAAGGGUACAAAAUUAUGAAGUUUAAGCGAGCCAAAAAGGCUGCGGUUAUGCAGGACGAACAGGCACAAGUGGGAAAGGAGGAUGACGUGGAAAAAGACAGUCAGGCACCCUCCCCCCACAUGAGCAAAGGGGAUACGGAUCAAACAUCCCCGCAAACAACAAACCCGGACGAAUUCCUAGGCUUUAAAUUGUAUGACAUGACAAAGAAAAAUGACAACGACUUUCUCAUCAUGAUUACUGACCAUGCUGUUCUUAUCCGGAAAAAUAUCACACUGCUGAAAAAAAAAAACAGGAAGCACUCGUCGCAAAUUUACGCCAAGCUGAGCAAACUCAACCGGCUCGUUUACUUUGACAUUAUGUAA